AUGAACGUAAUUCAAGCUGUUAAGAUGUAUAUAAUAAAAAUGACAGAAGAGAGUGGACCUGGAAUGAAAGUUAUACUUAUGGAUAAAGAAACAACCAGCAUAGUCAGUAUGGUAUUCAGCCAAUCUGAAAUACUCCAAAAGGAGGUUUACCUUUUUGAAAGGAUUGACAGUCACACGAAAUGGGAUGACCUAAAACAUAUGAAAUGCAUUGUAUUCCUGAGGCCUACUUCUGAAAAUAUUGCAUUACUUUCACGGGAGUUGAAAAGCCCGAAGUAUGGUGUUUACUUUAUAUACUUCAGCAAUGUUGUCUCCAAGGCUGAUAUCAAGACAUUAGCUGAGUGUGAUGAGCAGGAGACAGUGCGUGAGGUUCAGGAGGUGUUUGCUGACUACCUGGCUGUAGACCGACACUUGUUCUCUUUCAAUAUUGUUGGUUGCUUACAUGGUCGUUCAUGGAACCAGCAUCACCUCCAGCGGUGUUCUCAGGGUCUGUUGGCUCUACUGCUGUCCCUCAAGAGACGUCCAAUCAUCAGAUAUGAAGCUGGCUCUGAAGCCUGUGCACGUCUCGCUGAAAGGAUUAAGGAACUGAUGAGAAGAGAGGCAGUGUUGAUGGAUAAUAACAUACCAUUCAAUGGUGAUAUACCACCGCCACAACUACUGGUGCUCGACAGAAGAGAUGAUCCUGUUACACCACUGUUACAUCAGUGGACAUACCAAGCUAUGGUCCAUGAGUUGCUCACAAUCGAUAACAAUCGUGUCAGCCUUGCCGGAGUCCAGGAUGCACCCAAAGACAUGAAGGAGGUUGUACUAUCGUCGGAACAAGAUGAGUUCUAUGCUAAGAAUUUAUAUUCCAAUUUCGGUGAAAUCGGUCAAACGAUGAAAUCUCUGAUGGAUGAGUUCCAAAAGAAGGCGAAAAGUCACCAGAAGGUGGAGAGUAUAGCUGACAUGAAGAACUUUGUUGAAACUUACCCUCUGUUCAAGAAAAUGUGCGGUACUGUAACGAAGCACGUGACGGUGGUAGGUCAGCUGUCGUCGGUGGUGGGGUCACGUCGGUUGUUGCAAGUGUCUGAGUUAGAACAGGAGCUGGCGUGCCACGCUGACCACACCAGACAUCUGCAGCGGCUCAAAGCGAUGUUAUCGGACGAGGCGAUCGCCGGGACGGAGCUGGUGAAGCUUGUAUGUCUGUACGCGUUACGAUAUGAGAAACACGCGGCAAACGCUCUGCCGGCGCUCAUAGACAGCCUCAAGAGCCGGGGGGCGGAGCACCGGGCGCCCGCGCUACUGCUGGAGUACGGAGGGGCGCACGCCCGACAGAGCGACCUGUUCGGAUUGCAGGACGCAGCUAAGAUUACUAAGAGACUCUUCAAGGGUCUCAGUGGCGUGGAGAACAUCUACACUCAGCACACACCGCUGCUCAAGGACACUCUAGAAGACCUCAUCAAAGGGAAACUGAGAGAGAACCUGUAUCCCGCGGUAGGAGGGGAGCUACUCAACAGGCGACCACAAGAUAUUAUAGUGUUCAUAGUAGGAGGGACGACAUACGAGGAGGCGCUGUGCGUCCAUCAGAUAAACCAGUCGUACCCUGGAGUGAACGUGGUGCUCGGUGGUACCACCAUACACAACUCAACCACAUUCCUUAAUGAAGUGAAGGAGGCCAUGCACGGACAACAUAGGACACACACGAGGCACAUUAGGAAUUUAUAA